AUGGACGCUGAAAGCGCUGACCAAGUCUCCACCCCCGUGACAAUUAUGCGCGGUGGGAGUAGCAAAGCCGUCUUCCUGCACGAGCGAGACAUUCCUGGUCCAGGGGUCAAGCGUGACAGGCUCCUCAAACGCAUCAUGGGCACGCCCGACCCUUUGCAGAUUGAUGGGCUUGGAGGCACAAAGGCAGUCACAUCGAAGAUGGCGGUGAUUUCAGCCUCGAAGAGACCGGAUGCGGAUGUUGAUUACCAAUUCGUGCAGGUCGCCGUGUCGGACGACGAUAUUCGCUACGAUGCCAACUGUGGAAACAUCUCGUCGGCCGUGGGACCCUGGGCCAUUGAUGAAGGCCUCAUCAAAGGGUUUCGGGAAGGGAGGGUCCCACCCAUCGCGCCAGAAAUGUCGAAAGGCAAAAGUCACGUCAACGGGACGGCUACCCAGACUUCAAGCAACAAGAUGUCACGAUACCAGGAGAUCAGGAUCCAUAAUACCGGGACUGGGAAGAACAUGAUCGCACAUGUGCCGGUAAACGCAGCGGGGAAGAGUGUGUCAGCAGGCACGUUCAAUAUCGCGGGUGUUCCGGGCUCGGGAGCUCCAAUCAUGCUCGACUAUCGCGAGACAAUCGGUGCGGCCAGGAAUAGCGGACUCUUGCCCUCGGGGAAUGCCAUUGACGAGGUGACAAUGAGUGACGGGCGGAAGGUCAAGUUCACAAUUUGCGACGUCGGGAACAUCUGUGUGUUCGCCUCGGCAGGGGAUUUCGACAUCACGGGUCAUGAAUCUGCGGCAGAGUUGACGGCCAAGAAACCACUGAUCGAGGCAACCAGGGAACUGCGUGGGCGGGCGGCACAGGCGAUCGGCAUGUGUCAAGAUUGGGCGAAGGUGGAUGAACAGUCUCCUUUCAUGCCCAUGCCGGUGCUGGUCGCAAAGCCACCGCGUCAAUAUCCCGAAGCGCAUGUCUCAGGCCGUUUGUUCUUGGACAACAUGUGUCAUGAGAGCAUGGCAGGGACUGGAUCCGUAUGUUUUGCGGCGUGCAGUCGAAUUCGAGGUUCCGUGGUCUCUGAAAUUGUGGGAUCAAAAGCAAUCAGGGAAGGCAUUUUCAAGAUCGCACACCCGCUGGGCAUUAUGCCUGUCGCCGUUGAGUCCGAGCAAGGUUCGACGGGUCUUCCAGAGUUUCUGACACUCUCUUUCAUCAGGACUGCCCGAAGACUGAUGGACGGUCGCGCCUAUGUUCCGUCGCAUCUAUUGGAGGAGUAA